CAGCCAAGCAACAGUCAUGGAGAUACAAGUCUUUAACUCUAUGGAUUAUGAAGAGUUUGUUGACAAGUUUGGGAACGCGAUUGAGAAAUGCCCACUGAUUGCAGCUACAGUUUGGACUAAUCGUCCUUUUACAAAUUUGGCUGCUUUGGAAAAAGCAUUUGGAGACUUUAUAGAUUUAUUGCCUUCACGUGGGAAAGAGGGACUCUUGCGAUGCCAUCCUGACCUGGCUGGUAGAGAUCUGCUCAGAGGAACACUCUCAACUGAAUCCCAGGGUGAGCAGACUCAAGCUGGAUUAGUCAAUCUCACUGCAGAACAGAGAUCCCAGCUUAGUGAAUUAAAUGCUUUGUAUAAGAAAAGAUUCCAUUUCCCAUUUGUGAUCUGUGCCAGGAUGAAUGACAAGGACACCAUAAUCAAACAACUUAGCAGCAGGAUUCACAACAGCCCAGAGCACGAGCUUAAGACCAGCAUUGAAGAGGUUAAAAAAAUCUGCCACCUGAGGCUUUUGGAUAUCUUCAGUCAAGUACGCCAUGGAAUCAAGCUCUGACCAAACUACGUGAAAGGAAAGCAGGAAUACGUCAUUUAGUGCCUUCUGUUUGCUCCACCAUUCAAUACUAUCAUGGCUAAUGUUCAAACUUAAACUCAAGAGAUUCUGCAGAUGCUGGAAAUUGAGAGUAACGCACCACAAAAUGCUGGAGGAAUUCAUCGGGCCAGGCAGCAUCUACGGAGUGGAAAAAACAGUUGAUGUUUUGGGCUAAGACCUUUUAUCAGUACUCAUCGUCCAACAUUUAUUCUCCUCCAUAGAUGCUGCCUGACGAGUUCCUUCAGCAUUUUGUUCAAAGUUCAAAAUUCAAAAUAGAUUUAUUAUAAGAGUAUAUAUUUGUCACCAAUUACAACCCUGAGAUUUAUUUCUUGUGGGCAAUCAUAGUAAACACAAGAAACACAAUCGAAUCAAUUAAAAACUGCACCCAAUGGUACGGACAAACAACCAAUAUGCAAAAGACAACAGACAGUGCAAAUAUAAAAAGAAAGAAAAAAAGAAGUACUAAUAAUAAAUAAACAAUAAAUAUCAAGAACAUCAGCCAAAGAGUGCUUGAAAAUGAGUCCAUAGUUUAGGGAAAGGGUAAGUGAAUUUUGCAAAGAUUUGGCAUGUCAUCUAAAACUUUGAUGAAUGUCUACAGACGUCUGGUAGAUUACGUUGACUGGUUGUGGCCUGAUAUUGAAAUGCCAAUGCAUUUGAAAUUAGUAUUUCCUUGAAUGGAAAAUCCUACAAAAAAUAGUGGAUAUUGCCCAGUCCAUUAUGGUAAAGCCCUCCCCGUCACUGAGCACAUCUACACAGAGCAGAGUUGCAGGAAAGCAGCAUCCACCAUCAGAUAUCCCCACCAUCCAGGGCAUGCUCUCUUCUCACUGCUGCUAUCAGGAAGAAGGUAUAGGAGACUCAGGACCCAACCACCAGUUUUAGGAAAGGUUAUUACCCCUCAACCAUCAGGCUUUUGAACCAUAGUGAAUAACUUUGCCCAACUUCAUUUGCCCCAUCACUUAACUGUUCCCACAACCUAUGGGCUCACUUUUGAGGACUUCUCAUCUCAUGUCCAUGAUAAUGAUUGCUUAUUUAUUAUUGUUAUUAUUUUUUUCUCUUUUGUAUUUGCUCAUUUUGUUGUUCUUUGCACAUUGGCAGUUUGGCCGUCCUGUUGGGGUAAGUUUCUAGGAUUUACUGAGUACGUCCACAAGAAAACAAAUCUCAGGAUUGUAUAUAGAUUAAAAGAAACAUAGAAACCUGGAAUUCUACUGCACAUUACAGGCCUUUCAGCCUACAAUGUUGUGCUGACCAUGUAACCUACCUAGAAACUGCCUAGAAUUCCCCUACCGCAUAGCCCUUUAUUUUUCUAAGCUCCAUGUACCUAUCCAAGAGUCUCUUAAAAGACCCUAUUGUAUCCGCCUCUACCACCUUCGCUGGCAGUGCAUUCCACGCACCCACCACUCUCUGUGUGAAAAAUUUACCUCUGACAUCCCUCUUGUACCUACUUUCAAGCACCUUAAAACUAUGCCUCCUCGUCUUAGCCAUUUCAUCCCUGGGAAAAAUCCUCUGGCUAUCCACACAAUCAAUGCCUCUCAUCAUCUUAUACACUUCCAUCAAAUCACCUCUCAUCCUCUGUCACUCCAAGGAGAAAAGGCCAAGUUCACUCAAUCUAUUUUCAUAAGGCACACUCUCCAAUCCGGGGAACAUCCUUGUAAAUCUCCUCUGCACUCUCUCUAUUGUAUCCACAUCUUUCCUGUGGUGAGGUGACCAGAAUACCAGAACUGACUCAAGUGGGGUCUAACUAAGGUCUUAUAUAGCUGUAACAUUACCUCAUGGCUCUUGAACUCAGUCCCAUGGUUGACAAACGCCAACACACCAUACAUCUUCUUAACAACACUGUCAACUUGUGCAGCAGCUUUGACUGUCCUGUGGACAUGGACCCCAAGAUCUCACUGAUGUAUUCUGAUAUUAAUUUUAUUUUGAUCUUUGAUAUGCUUCUACUUUCCUCACAUUCAUGUGCCUUUCUAAGUGUCCCUUAAAAGUCUCUAAUGUAUCUGCCUCUACCAACACCCCAAGCAGUGCAGUCCAGGCACCCACCACUCUGUAAAAAAAAACCCUCCCAUCUCCUUUAAAAUUACCCCCCCCCCACCACCACCUUAAACGCUUGCCCACUGACAUUACACAUUUUAUCCCUGGGAAAAAAUAUUGCCUGUCUAUGUCUAUGCAUCUCAUCAUCUUACAAACCUUUAUCAGAUUACCUCAGCCAUUAUGAAUAUGCUUAGCAAUUAUGCCUCCACAGCCUCUGCUUGGUUAGAAAAUUCCAGUGAUAUAUUGUCCUGUUUCUGAAGUUAUAAGUUAUAAAUAAAUAAAUAAAUAAAUUCCCCUUCUGAAACCUGACUUUAUUCUGAGACUCUAACUCCUGAUUCUCAAUAUUCCCUACCCUACUCCAUCCUCACAUCAACCUUAUCUAAAUCUGUAAUAAUUUGGUCUCGUUUUUAUAAACUUGAGAGUCUAUCGGAGGAGUGUCAGAAAGUUUCAAAACUACAAAUAUUGGAAAAUUGCAUUUGGAAUUAAAUAAACAAUGACCUUGUGGAAUCCAGAAUUAAUUCCACAAAACCCAAUAAAAAAUUUCAGAGUGUUAAUGAUUGGGAUAAAUAUUGAAUAUAUUCUUUGUUUGAUCUGAUUGGGUUUUACAUGUUAAUGAUACAGUAUUUCUCUAUAAUAUAUUAUAUUUAGUACUACCUUAAAUGUUAGAAUAUUUGUAUCAUUGUUUAUCAGUUUUUUUUACUUAUUCAUUUGUCAGCAUUUGGCCACUGUUGGCACGCCCAUGACUACUGUUCAUCCAUGAUUGCAAUUUUAGAGAAUAUUUAAAAUUCAACCAAAUAAUGGAAGACAGCAACAGUAUAUAGGCCAGAGCAAAGCUGCCAGACUGGCACUAUGGCAGGAGGUGAGUGAAUGAAUAAGAGUGAUAGACUUACCUGAUCUAGUCCUCAUUAUGCUACUUAUGGCAGGUACAUUCGUCCAACAUAGCACAGGUAGAAGAGACCACCAACGUCAAUGGAUCUGUAAUGGUACUAAAUGAGAUACGAUCAGAACAAGUCUGGCAGUUCUAAGCUGGGUAUUCCUCAGAUAUGUGGACCAUCAACUACAGCAGAGAAGUACACCACCACCAGCAUUAAGGUCACGUUGCUAUCAAGCUAGGAAAUAAACCAUAAUUCAAUCAGGAAUAUAGGAGAGAAUGCUGGUGGCAGCACGAACUAUUCCUUAAAAUUGCUGAGGUGCUAGCUGAGUGAAGUCUCAACACACAACUACAUGCUUGAAAGGCAAAAUAAAAUAGUUCAAAGUUCAAAGUAAAUUUAUUAUCAAAGUAUGUACAUAUAUGUCACCAAAUACAAUCCUGAGAUUCAUUUUCUUGUGGGCAUACUCAAUAAAUCCAUUAACCAUAACAGAAUUAAUGAAAGACUGCAUUAACUGGGCAUACAAGCAGUGUGGGAAAGAUGAAAAAGCUGUGCAAAUACAAAAGAGAAAAAAGUAAUAAUAACUAAACAAAUAAGCAAUACAUGUCAGGAACAUGAGAUGCUAAGUCCUUGAAAGUGAUAACAUAGGUUGUGGUUUUUAGGGUAUAUUUUGAGGAUGCAAUAUUGCAAAUAUUAAUUUCAACAGCAACCAGCUGUCGGAUCUGAAUAUGGAUUGUAGAUUGAAUUUAAAAUGCAGCUCAGAACAAUGGUCUUCCUGAAGCUGCAUUUUAGAGUAAAUUGCAGACCAGGAAACAUACAAUUGACUGAUAUGUCUGCAUAUGCAUGAAUGCAAUCAGCACCCCACUGCAUUAAUACAAUUCAGACACCACAGAAAUUAACACUCAUUUUGGGUGCGUUGGUAGGAAGACCUAGAAAUUUGAAAAAUUGCAUGUGUAACCCUCUCACCAGGAUUCAUAUACAGACUUGGCUCAUUAGCCUGCUCUGCUAACAGCACAUGACUCUGCGAUGAGAAGGCCUUCUUUCAUAAACAAUAUACAUCUAGGGUCGAUAUGAUUUGGGGUUCAACCAAACAGUAACCUCGUGAUGUUCCAUUCAAAGAAACCUCAGUUUGAGCAAAUGCUAUGUAAGUACUGCCCAUACACAAUUAUCAGUAGCCCAAAAAUGACAGAUUGCACACCAGCAUAAAAUUAUACAGAAGGUAUAUUUACCAAAUUGUCAACUUUAACAGACAGUUACAGAAAAAGAAAGGAAAAGUUAAAGGGGCCAUUAGAGUUAAUUCUGUCCAAUGUACACAGAACGUUAGAGCUCAUACUGGAGUAGUCUGGGGUAUAUCUCUUACUCACAUGCUGGACUCAUGGUCUGUGUGAAAGCACCUGCCACACUGCAAACUCCCGUUGAAGACUAUUUCAAACAAACUGGCCCUCUCUCAGGAGUACUGGCCUUUCCUCCUUGGAACCUUUCAUCUGCACAAGGCCAUCCUUGCAACGGAGACUCCCCAUUCCAAUGGCACUCUGUGGCAUCUUCCUUUGUGUCCCGCUCCACAGCUCCCGCCAAAAGACCCCAAACUAGACUACUGUCCUUCAGAAAACUCUUCCCCACAGCUCUCUCGAACCUUCUCUCACAUCCCACAAUCCUGAUUGGCUGACACACAUUCUAAAGUGGGACAAAAUGGGUCCUAAUCUCAGUCGAAACCAAAGCACAUUUUUAGCAUGCUUUUGUUUACAGAAAACUACCUCACAGCAUAACAAUGGAAAUCUUAUCCAGGGCAUAACUCACGUAACUCAAAAGAAUCAUUAUGAUGGUAUUGUAACUAUAGACAUUGUCCUGUUGUCUUUGUUCUUUAGCAUAUAAAAAUGUGCUGUGAUGUUGGAUCAGAGAGCCUCUCUCUUGAGUGACUCCAAAGCUAUCAGCUUGUGGGUAUCCCAAAUAAAGACUGAAAUUUACAGGUUGCUGUUGGAAUUAAUGUUUGCUGUAUUGUAUCUCCGGAAUAUGCCCUAAAAGUGGGAACAGUUAAGUGACAGGGCAAGAGAAAUUGAGUGAAGUUAUCCUCUCUGGUUCAAGAGCCUGAUGGCUGGGGGGCACUAACAGUUCCUGAACCUGGUGUCGUGGGUCCGGAGGCUCUUGUACCUUCUUCAUGAUGGCAGCAGUGAGAAGAGAGCAUGGUCUAGAUGGUGGGGGUCUUUGAUAAUGGGUACUACUUUCCUGCAACAGUACUCCAUGUACAUGUGCACAAUGGUGGGAGGGCUUUAUCUGUGAUGGACUGGGCUGUAUCCGCUGCUUUUUGUGGGAAUUUCCAUUCAAGGGCAUUGGUGUAUCCAUUCCAGGCCAUAGUACAACCAGUUACUAUACUGUCCACCAUACAUCUAUACAAGAUUGUCAAAGUUUUAGAAGUUGUGCUGAAUCUUCGUAAUCUUUUAAGGAGGAGAAGAUAGCAGUGCGCCACGCGUGCGCAUCUCUCCAGUGAAAAUGAUAUCAUAUCUGUUAUAUAGGGGCCAUGGACAAUUCUGAUUCGAUGGAGACAGACGUAAAAGCACAGAGGAACAUCUGGAGAAAUUUCUGAAACGCCGGUUCGCUGCUGUUGUUACUGGGCGAUCGAGAAUCUUCCGGAGGGAAAGCCUCAAAAUCCCCGGCUUUGCCUGCUGCUGGCGACUAAGACUGAGGUCGAAUCGUUCGGAUAGAGAUGGUGCUUGGCACUCAGUGUCGGAGGGAUGAUCGGAGGCACGAAGUUUUCGGACGACUCAGAGUCGGACUGUGGUCGGGCAUGGCUGGGAGAGUUUUCUUCCUUCUCCCGUCUGCGUGAGAUGUGGGACUUUCGAGAAACUUUGAACUCUUUUACUGUGCCAUGGACUGUUCUUCAUCAAGUUAUGGUAUUGUUGCACUGUUGUAACUAUAUGUUAUAAUUAUGUGGUUUUUUCAGUUCUUCAGUCUUGGUCUGUCCUGUGUUUUGUGAUAUCACACCGGAGGAAUAUUGUAUCAUUUCUUAAUGCAUACAUUACUAAAUGACAAUAAAAGAGGACUGCGUGUCCUUAUA